CACAUUCAAGACGGCCACACUCAAGGAGCGCAGCUCAUUUUUAUGUUCCAAUUAAGGCACUUGUGCAACGAGUGUGGGAUUGCGCCUCAUCUGCUGGCCAGCUCAAGAUGUCCAAAACUAAAGGAGCCGUGGAGGAGGAAGUCAAAUGGGACAACAAGAUCCAGUACAUGCUGACCUCCAUCGGCUUUGCGGUGGGAAUUGGGAACGUCUGGCGUUUUCCGUACUUGUGCCAAAUCUAUGGAGGAGGAGCGUUCCUCAUCCCCUACCUGUUAGCGCUGGCGUUUGAAGGUCUCCCACUGCUCUACCUGGAGAUGGCCAUAGGACAGAGGCUGCGCAAGGGAAGCAUCGGCGUCUGGAAGUCCAUUUCACCUUUUCUGGGUGGAGUCGGCAUCGGCUCCAUGGUUGUAUCUUUCUUGGUGUGCAUUUUCUACAACACCAUCCUGGCCUGGGUCUUCUGGUACUUUUUCAACUCCUUCCAGAACCCUCUCCCAUGGAGCCAGUGUCCACUCAACGUCAAUCGCACGGGCUUUGAUGCAGAAUGUGAGAAGAGCACUCCAGUCAAUUACUUCUGGUACCGUCAGACGCUGAACAUCACAACUGACAUCGAGACCAGUGGUUCUCUGCAGUGGUGGCUGGUGGUCUGCCUGGCCUGCGCCUGGUUGAUGAUCUAUAUUUGUUUCAUCAAAGGAAUCCAAUCCAUGGGAAAGGCAGUGUAUGUGACAACCACCCUGCCCUACGUGGUCCUGACCAUCUUUCUGAUCCGUGCCCUCACCCUGCCCGGAGCUAUAGAUGGACUGGUCUAUCUCUUCACUCCUGAUUGGGAGAUACUGAAGAACCCUCAGGUGUGGCUAGACGCCUCAACCCAGAUCUUCUUCUCUCUGUCAGUGGCCUUUGGAGGUCUGAUAGCAAUCUCCAGCUACGCUAAUGAAAAAAACAACUGUGAAAAGGAUGCAGUCCUUGUGGGGAUAAUAAACAGUGCCACGUCCCUUUAUGCAGCCAUCUCCAUCUUUUCCAUCCUGGGCUUUAAAGCCAACAAUGCCUUUAACACCUGUCUAAGAGAAAACAUCUUGACUUUGACCAACCACUUCGAGUUUUCCGACCACAAUAUAACAACCGAGAACUACGACCAGUGGGUUGAGUAUCUAAAUUGGACCAGUCCUGUUGAGCUCUCUAGCCUGCAAUUGCGAGACUGCAACCUGAAGACAUUCCUGGACCAGAGCGCUUCAGGAACCGGCCUGGCUUUUAUCGUGUUCACCGAAGCAGUGCUGGAGAUGCCCGGAUCACAGUUAUGGGCCAUAUUGUUUUUCCUGAUGCUCUUCAGCUUAGGCCUGUCCUCCAUGUUUGGCAAUGUCGAAGGAGUCCUGAAACCCUUUGCUGACCUCCACCUGUUGCCUAAGUCAGUGCCCAAUGAACUUGUGACAGGGUUCUUCUGUUUGAUUUCCUUUUCCAUUUCUCUCAUCUUCACCAUGGGCUCUGGGAACUACUGGGUGGAGGUCUUCAACAGCUAUGUGGGCUCCGUCCCCCUACUCAUUAUCGCAUUUUUCGAGACUAUCGGAGUCGUUUACAUUUACGGGAUGAAAAAUUUCAGUGAAGACAUCCGUUUCAUGACUGGGAAGAGACCCAAUAUUUAUUGGAAGGUUUGUUGGACUGUAAUCAGUCCUCUGAUGCUCCUGGUGGUACUGGUAGCAUAUGUGGUCCUCCAAACUCAGAAACACCCCACAUACUUUGCAUGGAAUCAAGAUUAUGUGAGUAGAAAAUACAGGUUUUCAAUCACAUUUUACAACCCUGAUUCCAUACAAUUCUGUCCUUUUCUCUAGGAACUCUUUCCCAAAACCGAGGUGAAGCCCUACCCAGACUGGGUGUUUGCCAUCAUCAUCCUCCUUUGUGUAAUGCCGGUGAUUUCCAUCCCACUGGUGGCGCUCUACAAAG